AUACAAUUUUAUUGCAUUUCUCAGAGAAAAUGUUGCAUUUGAAGGUUGAACGCUGUCGUUUAUUCACAGCAGCCUCCACUGUGAUUUUCCUUCCUUGCAGCAGCCGAUUUUCAUCUUCUUCUCUAAGUCGUAUCUCUUCCAAACACUCAUCCGGAAAGAUUAAAACACUCUUUCUCUCUCAACCAAACACUCUUUCAGUUUCGAGCAAUCUGCAGUUUAAUCUAAUUGAAGGAUUAGUUUGAGAUGGCAGCUUAUGCAGCUCUCGCUUCUCUCUUGAACACCAUUCACCACAUGAUGACCCAUCCUCGUCUCUCCACUUCUUUCCACAACAAUCAGAUCCGAGCUCUUGAGGAAAAGGCUGCUUUGUUGCUCAAUUUCAUAGAGACCUAUAAUUAUGGUGGUGGAGGUUGCGAAGAAGCACAAGAUCUGGAAAGCCUAAUCGCAUCUGCAGCUCAUACGGCUGAAGAUAUGAUUGAAUCAUAUAUCGCCAAUCAACUCCUUCCUCUAUCAGGUGAUGAUGAGGAAACAACUUUGAGUAUUUCGUUGUAUCUACAGAAAAAAAGGGCAAUUGAAGAGAAAAAUGCAGCUGCAGUUGGAGAUGUGGAUCAAUUUCAUGGUGGAUCCAACCAAGCAAUUGAAGAGCCUGCACCUCAUGUGGCUGGAGAUGAAUGCAUGAACUAUCUGCGGCAGAUAAUUAAAGACAUGGUUGCUAUGAUCGAAAAGGCCAAUGAGUUGAAGGAGAAACAGAGGUUGAGAGAGGACCAACCCCCCACGCAUUCAACACCUCCUCUUACUCAGACCGGAGACGAAACUGCUAUGGUGGGAUUUGGUGAUGAGUUGAUUCAGCUUCUCGAGGAGCUCACCGGUCAUCAAUCCAAUCUACAUAUCAUCUCAAUCGUGGGUAUGGGCGGGAUGGGUAAGACUACUCUUGCCAAAAAUGUUUAUACUAAUAAACUCAUCAUCCAUCGCUUUGAUAUUCGUGCUUGGGCGACCGUAUCUCAGCAAUACAAUGCUAAACAAAUUCUUCAACAACUUCUUUCUGACAAAGCCAACUCCUCCGAUAAAGAUGUAGAUAAAUUAGGGGAACAAUUGCAUAAAACUUUAUUUGGUAGAAGAUAUUUGAUCAUAUUAGAUGACAUAUGGAGUGUUGAAGCUUGGGAUGAAGUGAGGCGUUUCUUUCCCGACAAUGGAAAUGGAAGCCGCAUUGUUCUAACUACUAGGUUGUCAGAGGUGGCUAACAAUUGCGGCUCUUCGUGCUUUGCGAAGAAUCUUCUAGAUGAGAAUGAAAGUUGGGAAUUAUUCUGUAAAAAGGCAUUCCAAAAUGAAGAUUGCCCUACUGAACUUGAGAAAGUCGGAAGGGAGAUUGUUAGAUUAUGCAAAGGACUAGCAUUGUCCAUUGUUGUGAUUGGUGGGAGUCUUCUAAAGUCUCCUAGGUCAGUAGGAUAUUGGAAGAGUGUUGCCAAAGAUAUAGAAUCAAGUCCCAAUUCAAAAGAGAAAGAAGAAAGCUUAGAUGUAUUGUUUUCAAGUUAUAACCACUUGCCUCCUCAUCUAAAGCCUUGUUUUCUUCAUAUUGGAGUUCUUAAACUUAUUAAUUAUGAGAAGCUCCAAAUCUCGAGCAUCAUCCAACUUUGGGUUGCUGAGGGAUUUUUGAAAUCAAAUGGAGGCCAAGUUUUGGAAGGGAUUGCAGAGGAUUACUUGAAGGAACUUAUUGAUAGAAAUAUGAUAUUAGUUGUGAAGCGAAGUAGAAAUGGGAAGAUGAAAUGUUGUGAUAUUCAUGAUCUUUUGAGAGACUUAUGCUUAAAAGUAGCGGAGCAACAAGGGUUUUUUCAUGUGAUCACUCGAUGCCCUGUACUAGGCACAGAACGCCGCCUCGUAUAUGACAAUGAUCCUUGGUGGCGAACCACCAGGUUUCCACUCGCACGCUCUAUCUUGAAAUAUCGGUUUGACGAGGAGGACACUUCAAAAAAUAGAUUGUUGAGAAUUUUGGAUAAAGGGUCAGUUAAAAAAUCACUAGGGUGUGUUAACUUGCGCUACCUUGCUUUGUGGAACCCGAAUGAACUGGGUAGGUUGGAGCUUCCUAGUUCAUUAUCCUUGGUGUGGAAUUUGCAUUCUUUGAUCUUUCAUAAAUCUUUCAUAGAUCAUUUGAGAGUUGUUGCACCAAUUGAAAUUUGGAAGAUGCGAAAUCUUAGGCAUAUCAAAUGUAAUCAAAUUUACGUUCCUCAACCCGAUGGACAAGAUGACUUGUUAAUUUUGGAAAAUUUUCUGACUCUUGGGAAUGCAUUGAAUUUCAGGUUGAGUGAGGAUGUGUGCAAGAUCAUUCCCAACAUCAAGAUAUUGCAUCUACUUUAUGAUGGUAAGUUGCGAGGAUACGAUGAUAGUUUGAAAGGGUGUUUGUGUAAUCUUGAUCGCUUGCAUAAACUUGAAUCACUCAAAGUGAGAUGCGACAGUGGUUGGUGGGAUUAUAAGCUGAAUGAGAUACUCACAUUUCCCAGUUCGCUAAACAAGUUGACCUUGAAUUGUUUCCAGUUUGAUUGGGAAGAUCUGACAACGAUUGGUUCGUUGCCCCUACUGGAAGUUCUCCAGCUACGAUCUAACUAUGUCAGGAAGGGCAGGACAUGGAGUCCUGUUGAAGGGCAAUUUCAACGCCUCAAGUUCUUGAAAAUUGAUAACUGUAAUCUGACAUGUUGGGAUGCAGAUAGUUGUCAUUUCCCGAUUCUGGAAAAGCUUGUUCUUCAUGAUAUGUGGUACUUGAAAGAGAUCCCAUGGGGUAUUGCUAUCAAAAUAAAAGAGGACCAGCUUGAGUGCUAUGGCAAUGAUGAACUUCAAAUCCAAGUUGAUAUGGGUAAACAUGAAGUGCAGAGCUUCAUGGCAAUGGUGGAAACAGAGGGCCUCACACUUAAUAAUAUUCAAUUUAAUACAAACUUGUUUUGCUGACUGGAGGCACCUCCCCAAGGAGAUCCUUUACAUUAGUGGUUUAGUUCUGCUUGUAUUGUUUGUUUAUUUGUUUGAAUCGUGCUAAUGUUCACAGACUUGAGGAGCACUUAUUAAUUUUUUGUUAGUUGAAUAUCGUGAAGUUUAUUAGGUGAUUGUCGAGAUCUGUUUUGAUAUGGAUAUCAUGGGGAGAUUUGUGUUUUGUGCAGGUUUUAUGAAGAAUGUCAAGAACAAAAAGUUGGUCAAUUA